CAAAGCCUCUGCUCUGCCUGCGCUAAGUGACUGCUGAAAAACAAAGGCAGCGAGCCGCGGCUGGGAAAUGUCAUCAGUCAUCCUUAAUAGAGGAAAAAGACUUCAAACACUGGUGAUAUUCUUUGAGGGGUGAAAUAAUAGAACCGUUAUCAUUGCUUGUGCUGUUCAUGUGAGCAAGACUCCAAAUCAACAGUAAACAUCGGCUGCUCAGAAUCCACAGGUUUCCUCCUCUUCGCUUGUUUUCGUCUGUGUUUCUGGAUGGAUCUGGACUGAGUGACAGCAGCAGGAGGACUGCUGAGUAGCCGUCUAACAUAACGGACUGGUCUGUUGCAUCCAGCGGAGUGAACAAUGAAGUUAGUGUGUUCUUGAUGGAAGAUAAACGGCGAGUCAGGGGGCUUAUUGGACUCGAAUUCAAGUGAGCGCCUAGAGAUUUCACAGCCUCGUUUCUACAUCUCUUUUUACCCUUUUCUCGUUUGAAAUCCUGCCUUUGAACAGAUAGUUCAAGUUACCUGCGCGCCCAUCCGCCGGGGAGAGGCGCUAUCCGUGGUCCUGAAGUCAUCUCCUAAUCUUCCUCCUGGCCUCGUGUGAAGACAACUUUCCAGUUGGAGUUGCCUCUGUCCACAAAGAGCUCCAGAAAGAGCCUAACAUGGUAACUCAAACUAGAGUUCAUCUGCAGACUUUGGUAGGCCUACUUUUGAUUUUUGUUGUCCACCUGAGCCGGCCGGUAUGUGUCGAUGUCCCGUCGGAGACUGACGCAGUCCUGGGGGAACCCAUGAAAUUGACCUGCAUCUCCUGUAUGAAGAGGGAUGAGAUCAAAUCAAAGACAUUUGUGGAUUGGUACUACAUGCCAAAAGAAGAAAAAGACAUCCCACCUGACAAAACUCAUAUAUUCAAAUAUGAUGUUGACAAUCCAGUUGAAUCGGAGGGACCAUUUAAGGGCCGUCUGGCCUGGGAUGGGAGCAAGGACUUGCAAGAUGUCUCCAUUCAAAUCAAGAGCGCCACCUAUAAUGACAGUGGCGUCUAUGAGUGUCACGUACUUCGCAAGUUUGAGUUUGACUUCUUCACUCCCUCAGUCUCCGUCGUCAAGCAAAUCGAGUUGAAGGUGCAAGCGAAAGCCACUGGAGAUGAUGCAGCGCUCUACUCUGAGAUCAUGAUGUAUGUGCUGCUGGUGUGCUUGACCUUCUGGCUGCUGGUAGAGAUGAUCUACUGUUACAGAAAGAUCUCCAAGUCUGAUGAGCAGGCACAGGACACAGCGACAAACUACCUAGCCAUUCCCUCUGAGCAGAAAGACAACCCAGCCACUCCUGUUACCGAAUAAAAGUGGUUAUCAGUGACACGGUAUUAACCAAUCACGGUGGGACUUCAGUCAUCUGUCAUGUGACAGAAACAGCCAUAGUGUCCACAACCUCAUCUAUGCCACUAUGAAGGUAUCAUUACUCCCAGACUGCCAAGGGAAUCCUGCCAACAGACCACCCCGGUGUAUUGACUGUGUUAUGUGACGGGCCUGUCAAAAAUGUCCCAAGUGCUCAAUGUUUCUCCUCGUCGUCUUCUUUUUUUUUUUUCACCUUCGUGCCAGGCAUCUGAAAUAAAAUGCUUUCACAGAUGAAAGGUCUAAGAACAAAACCUCAUUGUCCUGCACUUAUUAUCAGAUAAAUACCAGACAUGCGCUAUUUGGACCUGCCAGUGCGUCGAGUUACUAUAUAUUUCUUAUUAGUUAUUAGUGCCUCUGUGAUUUAUUACUUAUAAACAGAAAAUAUCCACUGAAAAGUCUGACUGCUGUCAAUACUGUGGUAUUUACGUUUAUAA